AUGGAUGAUCUCCACAUCAAAAGAAGGAAAGACGAGACGCAAUCAAGGAGGGACAAUGCUGAAAAAGACGUCUUGCAUAUACACACAGAAAAUUCCAGUCGGCGAAAGCGAGAAAGAGAUGAUGUUCUGGAUCAGCGGAAGAGAGAUGACCAAGCAAGAUUCAGAGAUGAUGAUCAGCAUCAAGCAAGGCACAAAGAAGAGGGCUUCUUUCAGAGGGAGAGGGGUGAGAGGCAGAGAGAGCAUGAUGAAUGGCACAGACUUAAACAAUCCCAUGAAGAGAGUUUAUCAAAGCGGGAAAGAGAUGGUGGGCGGGGAGAUUUGAGGAGUGGGCGAAAUACAGAAGACAAAGCAUGGGCUGCCAAUUCGAGGGCGAAGGAUGACUAUAAAGGUUCUGAUAGGGAGUACCUAAAAGAUGCUGGGCGACAUGUUGAGCAACUAAAGAGAAGGGAUCGAGUUGAGAAUGAAAGUUUUUCCAUGCAUAGGGGACGUGAGGAUGCUUACACACGUGGAAACCAGCUCACUAAUGAUGGGAAACGAGCAAGGCAUGAGAGGGCAAGCAGUCGAAAUGAUCGUGCUGUCAAUGCUUCUGACAACCAUAGGGUGCACGAAAAGAGACAAAAAGAGAACAUAAGGAAGGGCAGAGAAUUAGAGGAUGGUGAUCACAUCUCUUUGACCCCUUCUAAGAGGAAUCAAGAAGAGCACAAUGGUCAAAUAAGUGAGACGGUGAGCUUGAAAGGCAGAGUUGAGCAAGGAAGUGGUGAGCAUGACAUCCGUAUGCAUCAUCAGUCUUCCAGAAAACAUAGGGAAGAUGUUUCGUCAGAUGAUGAGCUGCAAGAUUCAAGGAGAGGACGGUCUAAAAUGGAGCGCUGGACGAGCCAUAAGGAAAGGGAUUUCAGUAUCAGCAGUAAGUCAUCUUCUUUGAAGGUUAAAGAAAUUGACACUCAUAAUAAGUCCUCUUUAGACCGCAAACUUCCUGAUGAAUCUUCCAAGAAGGUGGAAAAUGCUGACAGCCAACAUCCCUUGGCUAGCGAGAAAGAUGCUAGUGAUCCAGUGAACAAGAAUGCUGAUGUGAAUCCCAUGGAGGAUAGACACUUGGACACCGUUGCUAAGUUGAAGAAGCGAAGUGAACGCUUCAAACUUCCAAUGCCAAGUGAGAAAGAAGCCAUGGCAAUCAAAAAAAUGGAAAGCGAGCCAUUGCCUUCGGGCCAAAGCGAAGCCCAUGCAGAUUCAGAGGUCAAACCCGAGCGUCCGGCACGGAAACGGAGGUGGACCAGCAACUAAAUUUGAAGUCAGCGAACCAAUGUUUGAUUUGAUGCAGUAAUUUCAUACUUUCUGAGCGAAUAUCUGCCUUGCUCCAUUGCUUAUAUCCAAUACUUUGAUGGCUUGUCUUGGCCAUGGCUACAAAACCCCUUUUCUACAGUUUGGUGUUACCUGUGUACCUGCACAACAGAUUUACAAACUUGUAACCCUACUGCGGUUGUUUAUUUUAUUACGUUUUCUGAAAACUCUGUAUAUACCAGUGAGUGUAACAUUAUAUUGGCCAUUGAUGGUGGCCCAGAAUUGCUUUUCAGCUCAGAACCUUAAUUCAUAAUGUACUAUUAGUAGAUGUAUCUGGGAUGCCAUCAAGCUCAUCUAACACGCUGAUCCCUGUCAUUGAUGGGAUGUAACCCGAAUGAAGGCUGAUGUUCUAGGAGGCUGCAUCAUAAAUUGUGAUUGCUGAGGUUCAGUACUUCCUUAUGUCACACAAUGGUCAAAGAGGGAUGAGGCUUCAGCUCUGUAGGAGGAACAACAUUGAGGUUGCUUGGUAAGGCUGACCCAUUUUUGGAUUGCAUGUAUUUUGUAUCUUUAUAGGCUUUUUUAUUUUCUUUUUAUGUAGUAGGAAAGCUAGAAAACAAACACAACAUUUUGUUGGUCAUGUAUGUUUUGUUCUAGGAACAAGUGAUUUACAGAAGUAAUGAAAGGAAAGAGAAAUAAGUGUUCAAUAUCCUGGUUGAGACAGACCUCCUCUCUUUUAUAGAUACAAUGAGUAGAUUCAGUCCUUGGAAUCACUUAUAAGGGAUUAUUGCUAGGCUCUGAGCAGUGAGCGUCUGUGAGUUACUUUCUGCUAGUUUCAAAGAAGAAUGGUUCUUGUAAGGAAGAGAUUGAUCUGUUAUGUCCUG